AAUGCUGAUUGUAUGCAAUAGACUCGCAUCAUAACGAGUUGAAACUCUGGCAAUCUGGUUGUUAUUUGGAUCUCCAGCAGGAUUUAAUUUAUGGCGAUUCUAAAAAUAUUUGUCCUUGCUGUGGCCUUAAAAGGUUUAACUGAAGCAGCUGGGAUUUUACCAGAUGGUCCUUUGAAUGGAUCUGUUGGAGGAUCAGUGAUGUUCACAACAUUUCUGACUGAAGCAGACGGACCAUUUACUGCAGUGACCUGGGGUUUUGGUGUCAGUACAAUAAUGCAGCACACCACGACUGGUAAUUUAACUAACCCAGCCUAUGAAGGCAGGAUCACCUUUUUUCCAUCUACAGCAUCUCUGGAGCUCAAAGAUCUGACCCUGGAUGAUGCAGGAGAGUAUAGUGUUAAUGUUUUUCCUGAUGGAGGAGGAACAACCAAACUGGACGUAUACGUUCCAGUCUCCUCUGUAACAGUAACUCCUCAGAGUGCAGACUUGGUUGAGUUCAGCUCUUUCAGUCUGACCUGCUCCUCCUCUGGUUCCUCGCUGUCCUUCAUCUGGAUGAACAGCAGCUCUGAGGUUACAUCCAGUGACAGAGUUCAGAUCACUGAUGGAGGCUCCACUCUGACUGUAGUCGAUGUGACUCGCUAUGAUGAACAAUCAUACAGAUGUCGAGUGUUUAAUCCUGUCAGUGAAGGCAUCAGUGAUCCAGUCAACAUCUUAGUCAGCUAUGGUCCAGAAAAUACCAAAAUGUCAGCAUCUCCAUCACAAAAGUUCUAUGAGGAAGGGUCAGACAUCAGUCUGAGCUGCUCGGCUGAUUCUAGACCUUCUGCCCAGUUUACAUGGUUUGUGAAUGGGACUAAACUUCCUGAUUCUGGACCAGAACUCACACUGAGGAACAUACAGUUCAGUCAGAGAGGAGAUUACAGCUGUCAGGCCUUCAACAGCAAAACUCUGACAAAUGAAAUGUCUCCAUCUUUAUCAAUCUCUGUUCUACAAAAAAUCUCCGGAGUUUCCAUCAAAGCAUCAACAGAACAGUUCAUUGAGGGGAGCUCUGUCACCUUAACCUGUGAGGCCUCUGGAUCUUCACCCAGCAGAACAUGGAAGAAGGACGGAUCAGAUCUGAACUUGUCUGAAAACGUGACACUUUCUGAAGACAACACAGUCUUAACUUUCAAAGCUGUGAAGAAGGAGAACAGUGGAGAAUAUGUCUGUCUGGUCAGCAAUCCUGUCAGCAGUUCUGAAGCCAAGUUCACCAUUGUUGUUAACUAUGGACCAGCAAAUGUUCAGAUUGAAGGUAAAGAUCUGAUAAAUGAAAACGAUCAGAUCAAGUUGAUCUGUUCUGCUGAGUCCACUCCAUCUGCUACAUUCACCUGGAGACUGAAUGGAUCAGAGAUUAUUGGAAGUUCUGCUGAGUUCCUCAAAGAAAAGGCACACAGUUCUGACAGUGGAACCUACACUUGUGAAGCAAAGAAUACUGUCACUGAGAAACAAUCAACAGCUGGACAUGAACUCCAUGUUCAAACAGUGAACUCAUCAGGAUGUUCUGCUGGUUGCAUUGCUGGAAUCGUAGUUGGAUGUUUAGUUGUUGUUGCUGCAGCUUCUGCUGGAGGAUUCUUUGUGUAUAAAAAACGGUGAGUAAACAAGUAGAUACAAUGAUGAGAUACUUUAUCUUACUGUUCUUAGAAAGCAAAGUAAAGUAAGAUUUAGUUUAUUGAAACAAUCAAACAAGAUUUUAAAUGCCUGUCUCCAGAUUCUGCAACAACAUUUCU